AUGCAGCUGAGCAGGCACAAAGCCAAGAAAUUCAUCUGCGAUCGAUACAUGCACUACUUCGGAUCUACCGAGAAGUUGGAGGUGCAUUCGCUGGACUGCGGGCAGAUAAACAACUGCGCCAUUCUGCUGCCCAGCGAAGGCGACAAUCUGCUCAAUUUCAGCAACCACGAUAGGAAGGAGCGGCUCCCUUUCGUGGUAUAUGCAGAUCUGGAGUGCAUCAUCGCAAAAACGUUGGACAACCAAGCGGAUAUUUUUGAAAAUUUUCGCGAAAGUUGUAUCAAGAGCUACGGAUUAGAUUCAGCGCAUUACUAUACUCUACCUGGUUUCACAUGGGAUGCAAUGCUAAAACAUACCAAAAUUACAUUCGAAUUGCUCACAGACAUCGAUAUGGUCAUGUUUAUCGAACGCGGUAUACGCCGGGGCUUAAGUCAAUGUUCCGGAAGAUACGCACAUGCCAAUAACAAGUACAUGUCAUCUUACGACGCAUCGGAAGAGUCAUCGUACUUGAUGUACUUUGACGUGAACAAUUUGUAUGGAUGGGCAAUGUGUCAGCCUCUACCAUACGCUAAAUUUCAAUGGGUCGAAGAUGUUGUAAAUUUUGACGUAUCUUCAAUCGGUGUCGAUUCGCCCACGGGAUACAUUCUCGAGGUAGAUCUGGAAUAUCCGCAACGUCUGCACGAUGCUCAUGCAGAUCUGCCGUUCUGUCCGACGCGUGCCAAACCACCUGGCAGCAGGCAGGACAAGUUACUCGCGACGGUAUACGAUAAGCAGCGUUACAUAAUCCAUUAUCGCAACCUGCAGCAGUGCACGCGUCACGGUCUUCGUAUUACAAAGAUACACCGCGUGCUUCAAUUCGCUCAAUCUCCCUGGCUCCGCGAUUACAUCGAACUCAACACACGAUUUAGAACAAGCGCGACAAACGACUUUGAAAAGAAUUUGUACAAAUUGAUGAACAACGCAGUAUUCGGUAAAACUAUGGAAAAUGUACGAAACCAUGUGGAUGUAAAACUUGUGACACAUUGGGAAGGGCGAUAUGGCGCGGAGGCAAUGAUCGCGAAACCGAAUUUCCACAGCAGAAGUGUUUUUUCGGAAAAUUUAGUAGCUGUUGAAUUGCGAAAACUCGAGGUGAAAUUCAACAAACCGAUAUACGUGGGUAUGUGCAUUCUGGACAUAUCAAAACUUUGUUUGUAUGAAUUUCACCACGAGUACAUGUCUCCUAAACACGGGCAAAAUUGUAAAAUUCUAUACACCGACACUGACAGUCUUAUUUAUCACAUUCGGUGCGACGAUAUCUACGAGUCUAUGAAGCACAAUAUCGAUAGAUUCGACACAAGCGAUUAUCCUACCGACAAUCCAUAUAAUAUGCCACGCGUAAAUAAGAAGGUUCCGGGGCUGAUGAAGGAUGAAAAUAACGGUGCGAUAAUGACUGAAUUCAUAGGUCUUAGAGCGAAAAUGUAUGCACUUCGCGUAGACGGCAAAAAAGAUACGAAGAAGGCGAAAGGCGUCAAGACCAACGUCAUAGCCAGAACGAUAACUUUCGUCGACUACGCGCAGUGUUUGCGAUGA